AUGGUCUGUGUCUUUGGGAGUAAUGGGACCAAAUCUGUAAUAUGGUUCCAGUCAAAUACAGCAAUCAUAUGCCACAGUUCUGGUCUUAAACCGGGUAAUUACACCUUUCAGCUCAAGUCCAGAGCCAGCACAUUCACAAUUAGCAAUCCCUCAAUUUUUCAGCUAAACAUCGCAAAACAUAUCAAUAACAUUGUUCCCAAAUUUUCUUUUGAAGGUCAAAGAUCAAGUCUGACAGUGAGUGGAGGACCUUACAGGGAUGAUGGAAAGUUGAAAUGCAAUAUAAUCUAUCCAAAUAAUUUGACAAAAGAAGUUACAGCAACGGUGCUAACAGAUCAUCAACUGAAAUGCGUUCUCUUCCCACAAUUACCUGGAAAGUACCUUGUUGAAGUUGUGCAAGACUCGGUCACUGUUUCGCACACCCAGGAACGGAUGCUCUUCCACGAGGUUGUUCCCUUGCCCUCAGUAGAUAGCAUGUUUCCGAGCACGGGUCCAGUAGCGGGCUUGUCACAGGUCACAAUCAUCGGAAAGAAUUUCUUUGGGCUACAAUCUAUCUCAAGAGACGUAUACUGUGUAUUCGACGGGACGAAAGGGGCACCUGGAAAAAUAGGAAGCGAUAGCGAGGUCCUAUGUCAAACGUCUCCACAUGCGGUGGGGACGGUCGGAGUUGGUAUACAGGUCUCAUCGAUGCCAAUGCUUGAUACCAUGCUCCGUUUCGAAUACCACGCGGUACCUAAGAUAAUGCAGGUGAGUCCCAGCAUUGGGCAAUGGUCGAGACAUCCAACGGCGGUGACGGUCUACGGGGAGGGCUUUUUCGAUGGAGAAGGGCUUUCUUGCAUCGUCGGAUCAAAGGGGAGCUAUAAAGGGAAAUACAUUUCUUCAUCUGCUGUCGUCUGUCUUCUUGAAAACCUUGACGGAGGUAAUCAUACUGUGACCAUCAGCAACGAUGGGGUCACUUACAUGAAGUCGGAUGUGUCCAUCGAGAUGCUUUCUCGCUCUAUGAUCAUGUCUGUGAAACCUUCGAAAUGUUAUUGGGUACGUGGAAUGAAGCUGACGGUAUUUGGGAAGUCAUUUGGGCCUAGAAGUGACUUCAAGUGUGUCUUGACUUCCUGGUCAGUAGCUCCUAUAGUGAUAGAGGGCAAGCUGAUAGGCCUGGACACCGUCGAAUGUCUGUUACCGUGGAUGAGCAUUGGAAAGUACCUUGUUGAAGUUGUGCAAGACUCGGUCACUGUUUCGCACACCCAGGAACGGAUGCUCUUCCACGAGGUUGUUCCCUUGCCCUCAGUAGAUAGCAUGUUUCCGAGCACGGGUCCAGUAGCGGGCUUGUCACAGGUCACAAUCAUCGGAAAGAAUUUCUUUGGGCUACAAUCUAUCUCAAGAGACGUAUACUGUGUAUUCGACGGGACGAAAGGGGCACCUGGAAAAAUAGGAAGCGAUAGCGAGGUCCUAUGUCAAACGUCUCCACAUGCGGUGGGGACGGUCGGAGUUGGUAUACAGGUCUCAUCGAUGCCAAUGCUUGAUACCAUGCUCCGUUUCGAAUACCACGCGGUACCUAAGAUAAUGCAGGGAUUGGAUCAAUUCGAACACAUCGAUUCACAUUUUGAUGGGUGCUUAUCGUUCAAACGUGUUAUCGCUUUUAUAUUUUCGUCGUACUUCCUCAAACUCAUCUAUCAGUACAUGUGA